CACCCCGCCCGCCGGCGCUUCGCCCCGCCGCCACCUGAGCCGUACAUAUAGCGCUGUCUGACGGCGCGGCCCGCCCGGACGUGCCGGGCUGCGGGGGGGGCGGGGGGGAGCGCUGGGCGGGGCGGGGCGGACUGCCGGCGGCCGCGCUGCUGCCAUGUCCACGGGCUCCGGCAGCGACGCCGAGGAGCUGCCCGACAUGGCCCUGCGGGGGCUGCAGCUGGGCUGCCCGGCGGUGCCCGCCCCGCGCCCGCCGCGCGCCCGCCUCUGCCCCGCGCCCGACGCCUCCUCGGCGGCGGAGGAGGACGAGGAGGACGAGGACGAGGACGGCGGCGGCGGCUGCAAGAGGAAGCGGGCGCGGGCGGGGGCGCCGGGGGGCAGGCGGCCGGGGCCGGGGCCGGGGCCGGGGCCGGGGCCGGGGCCGGGCCGGGGCGCGGCGGCCGAGGGCAAGCAGUCGCAGCGCAACGCGGCCAACGCGCGCGAGCGGGCCCGCAUGCGGGUGCUGAGCAAGGCGUUCUCCCGCCUCAAGACCAGCCUGCCCUGGGUGCCGCCCGACACCAAGCUCUCCAAGCUGGACACGCUGCGCCUCGCCUCCAGCUACAUCGCGCACCUCCGCCAGCUGCUGCAGGACGAGCGCUACGACCCCGGCUACGUGCACCCCGUCAGCUUGACUUGGCCGUUUGUGGUUUCAGGAAGACCAGAAUCAGACCCCAAAGAAAUUUCUGCUGCUAGCAGAUUAUGUGGAACUACAGCUUAGUUGAAGUAAACUAUUUCCCCUCCCUCCCGGAUAUUUUUAAGAACUGUGAUUUUUACAGGCACAAAACAAGUAGAUGGUGACAAGCCACCAUCUCCAACAAAUGAUCUUAAAUCUGUGUACCUACCCUGCCACAUAAAGGGAAAGCAAAAAGGGAGGAGGUGAGAUGGGGAUUUCUCUGAACUGGCUGCAGCAGCUGAAGUCUGGAAUUUGGAAAGGCCUUACUUUUGCUGCAUUACCACUGCCUGAGGACCUGUUGUUUUGAGGCUUUUAAACUAAUGAAAAAGGAGUAUAAUGUUUAUAGAAUUAACAGCAUGGACCAAAAUACAACUCUACGAUCUAACAGUGUUAUUUGUAUUCCAAAGAAAAGCAGUAUUCUAGAGUAGGUUUCAAACUUGGAUAGAUUUAUAAUAUAUUUUGAUGGCUUUUGUAUUUGUGGAUUCUAUUUACUGCAGCUAUGCAAUACAUGUAGUCCUACUACUUUUGUCUUUGUAACUAAACUUUCCUUAAAGACCUCUAAGUAGCAUAAACUAGGUCUUGCUAAUUAGGUUAUGGCCAUUGGAAUUAGAUUAUCACCCUUGUUUAUGUAUUACGGUGCCUUUCACAAAAGUGGGGGACUAUUUAAGCAGAGUUUCCAUGCCUUAACUUGGAAGGAGAAUUAGUCUACAGUUAGGGUCCAUGCAUUUAAAGGAACAGUUUUGUAUCAAACAAUACAAUUUACAUUUUUCCUAUCACAUUAUGCUCACCUAUGGAGUAUGUUAACCUGACUUCUAGUGACAUUUCUUCAGCAAUUGAAGUGUUUGUAAUGAGAAAAUGCCAUCAAAUGAGUUGCAAAUUGUAAAUAAUUUUAUUUUUUUAUAAAUGACAUUAAAAUCUUUCUUACAAUUA